AUGGCUCAUGAGGCGGAGAGAUUCGCUUCCUACAUUAGUUACUGGGAGUCUGCAUGGAGCAGAACCUGCGGUUUCUUCAUAGACCAAACUGCACUGACUUCCAUGCAAUAUACACACUACACCCCCGGACGCAUCCCAACCAAUAGUGCCGGGUCAACCCCGGAGACCUUGCAGAUCUUGUCCAUCAAGCUCGCGGAAAUAGCUGGUGGCUUUAAGUGGCCAUUGUCAGUGUAUGGCGUGGUUGCUGCCCGUGACAUCGUGGAUCACAACCGCAACAUUCUCUUCUCCUGCAUUAGGAGCCAGGCCCAGGAAUUGAAACAUGAUGAUCCUUUUUUGCGAUUGACUGGCCCAACCCGUGCAAUUGUGUGUUCGGACACGGUCGAAUUUGAAAUCCAACUAAAAGUAAAAGGUACAACACAGUCUCAAGAUGAAGCAUUGAUCAGAUGUGCACGUGAUUGCAGUGGAGGAUUUGGUCAUGGUGUAUCUACAGUUUGCUAUAAGAACUCUCGGUGCACACUUGAGUUAUGUUUGCAGCGAGUUGCUCAAACGGUCCAGGCCACUAUCUUGGGUAUCCAAGUUGUGAAGGGGUCAUGGCCUUUUGAACAUGGCGCACGAGUUGCUUGCUCCUCGCUAUCAGGUGAAAUUGUGUGCACUGAUGCUGGACUCGCCCGUAUUAUUAAUCCCUCGUCUAGCCAAAUUGUGCUGCUUGAUUCAAAAGAUGGAGCAAAACUGAAAGGUUUUGAUGGUCACCUGCAUGUGUGGAGGCAAGUUGUCUCUGUAGGAACCAGAGGAGAAUUGGGCGUUGAGAUACAAGCCUACUCCAAAUCUGGUGAUAUUGCUACACGGGGUCAUGUUAGUUUCAUGACCAAAUUUUGCAACAUAAGCCAGGAGAAAUGUGCCCUUGAUGGCGCCGAGGUGUUGAUUACUGUUGCUUGGUCUCUUGUCCCUACGGAAAGGUGUUUAAUCGUGGAUGAUGGAAGCCGCAGAGGGAAUCUUGUUUGA